AUGAAUGUCUUCCGAAACAAGAAGAAGGGGAAGGAUGAGGCGGAAAGCGUCCGUCCGUCCAUGGAAUCAGAGUCCGCGGGCCCAUUUCGAAUGUUUAGCAAGAAGAAAGGCCAGGUCGAAGAGAAUAAACUUGAACUCGACCUGAGCACCGCCUUGCCUUCUACUAAUGACUUCAGAACCAGCUUGCUCAUGACAGGCCUGUCAGCCCGCUUUUCUAUGCUUCGAGAGCAAGAUGACCCCACAACCAAAGUAGGCAAAGCAAGUGAUGACAGCGUUCUUUUUCCCAAGGGAAUGUCAAAGAUGACAGAUUUCGGUCUUGGAGGCCUUCAAGAUAUAGCCGAGGUGGAAUCGAUAAGGACGCCUUCUAUCUCUCGCCUGGAUGGCUUUAGUCUGGAAGAUACUGGCUCCAUAAACGGAAGUGUUAUGAACCGGGCGAAGCCUGUUGAUGGAAAUAACUUAUUUGGUGGUCGGCAGAAAGUCUACAGGCUCCCGGCGAAUAGUUCUGGUGCCGGAAAGGACGGUAACAUGUCCUCCAGGACGAUUUACGAUGACGAUGUUGGAAUGUCGGCUUUCCAGAAAUGGCGGUUGGCGGAAAAGGAAAGACAGGCUGCCGAAGGUGGCGAGCCUGAUAGCACGGCUGAUUUCGAGCCUCAGUCAGAACUUCAGCUGGAAUCGCUGCAGGAUAUCCAGCAGGAAUCUGAGCAGGAAUCUCAGCUAGAAUCUCAGUCAGAGAUUCAAUCCGAUGCCAGUCGCCGACGGGAGACGAGCUCAACAAUUUCAUCAGUCGCAGCUCGUCUCUCUGCCGCGACAUCGGUCACAUCUCAGGGAGCCUCAUCUGUCAAAGAUUCCCAGCUCACGCCAUCAAAUUCCUUUUCUUCUGCCGAACGAAGUGUCUUAAGGACAAGACGUCUGUAUGAGCAGGGGUUAAACCGUGAGCUUCACGAGCAGCAGUCGUCGGCCAUGUCUAGGAUGGAUAAUUUGUCAAAGGGACGACCAUUUGGACCUGUAACUCCAGAUGUGGCUUCUCCCCUCGCUGGUGCAUUUGGCGAUCGUAUUCUGGAGCGUCGACCGAAUCUAUUGGCCAAGGCUAGUGCCCCGAACCUGCGGUCUUUCAGCCCCUCAUUCACCGGCUCUGCAUCACCUUCUCCCGCUGAGCCCAGCUCCAGAUUCCCAAGUGCAGCUUCUCCCAAGCCAAACUUUGGAGUACCACCCAUUAGCCCUCCCAUUAGUGAAACCGAAGACCACCCACUGCUUUCGAUCCAACCUAACGACAGAGGCAAGGCCACGGCGAUGGGCGUUUUCGAUAGACCCGCUGAGAGAUAUGACGAAUCCACUUAUGCUCAACGACAGCUGCAGCUACAACAAGGACGAGAAACGCCGGUAAAGGACCACCGCUCUAUGGAAUCCAGCGUCUCCGCUGCAUCGGAUGACAAACCGCAAGCUUCUUCAGUGCCAAAACAAUCACUGGAGAAUACUGAAUCUGCUGGAGCCAAGAAUGUUUCCGAAGAACCUCCGUCCUUCUUUGACGAUAGCGACGAUUCGUCCGUACUUAGUGGAUUGCUGAAUUCUACCAACCCUCCCCGGGUUUCUGUUGAGAGACCUGAUGAUGGUGACCAUCCGGCUUUUAAGAAUACCGCUGUCCCCGCCCCUCUGUCACUGCCUCCUAGAUCACCCGGAGGUCUUUCAUCAACACCCAGUCCUGUCACUUUGCCUCCGCAAGACUCUCCCACUUUGGGGCCAAAUAGCGGUUUGAGCGGGAUGGUACGAGCUCAUCUACGAAGCGACAGCAAUGCCUCUUCAAUCUACGGAGUGCUGGCACAAGACGCGGAGCCGAGCAGCGUACAGAGCAACACGCAGAGCACUGUGCGGAGGAGCCCUGGUUUUGAUAAUAGUUUAAGCUCGGCAAAACAGACCGCCAACGUGCGACCUAUGAUGUCUCGCUCUCCUUCUCGCCCUAGGGUGCCAAUUGAUGAGGCAGAAAGAGAAGAUGAUGAAUUUGCACGUCAUCUUGCAGAUGGGGCUCGCCGUGUUCGUGAGAAGCUAGGCUCUAUGGCCAUAGUUGAAGCUGAAAUGGAAAGAUCUUCCCCGAGUGCGAAACCAUCUUUGGAGAAUCUCAGAGACGUCAGUGCCCCGCGGACAAAUGCAUUGGGAAUCUUGAAGUCAAAGUCUAGCCACACUUCACUCUUUGACCGUCAAGCUCGUGACCAGAGUCAACCGAGAGCCAUGAAGGCUGUCAUGUCUUCGGCCUCAAACGGAGCGUCGUCACCGUCUCGCCGAGGAUCUACGGAGAAUCCGGAAGAUUCGCGCAGAGGUCGAUCGACACAAGCCCGAGAACGGCCUGCGGAAGACGCUGCUGCAACCGACAAAGAAGACAGCAUCCAUGUCGGCCUGAAGGCCUUCCGUCAAGCACGCAUGGAGCUUCAGAAGAUGAAGGAUCUCGAAUCAAUACAGCGACCCUCCGAACGACCUCCAAUGGGUUCGCGCGUAGGGUCUUAUGACAUCGGCGGCCCACCACCAGCCAUGUUUAAUAGAAAGGCGCGUGAUGAGUCUAGGCAUGGCAGUGGUUCUCGCGCAGCGUCCCGAGCAGGCUCGCGAGCCCCUUCAGAGCGAGAGAGGAGCGGAUCAGAAACGAGCAACACUGGCCCGCCACCCCUCCGACCAAUGCGGCUACGCAAUGGAUCUAACGCAUACGACGAUCAGCAUACGCCGGUCAGCCCACCUGGCAGUGCCAGAAGCGCCUCUGGCAUGAGACAUGGUCCUCCAAGUGCUCGACGUCCCUACGACGCUGGACAGCCCUCCCCGAUGGGACAGCCCUCCCCGAUGACCUCUCCGGUUAGCAUGGGUACAAGAUCUAGAACCGGCAGCUUGAUGGGAGCAACAGCAUCCACGCCUAACCUGCUAUCCAAUGCAGCUGCCCCUCCGCUGCCGCCAAUCAACCCUCGACGCAAAAAUCUUGGUCGAGCCAGCGAGGAUGACAUGUCAGCAUCGCGGAUUGCCGGAGGUUUCCCAACCCACGACGAGUCGGACGACGAUACGCUGGCCCAGCGCCGUCAGAAACUCCGCAAGGCCACAAGCGAAGGCACUAGCUUGAGAGCUCGAAACAGCCCUCCCGGCAACGGUAUGAGACCACCCAUGCCUCAAGGAAACAUGUCUGGUGGUAGAUUUCUUCCAGGCGGCGUCAUCUAA